GGAGCCCGCGGGUCCCGGCCCGCAGGUGCUUCACCCCCAGAACCCGUCACCAUGCAGCUCCUGUGGCUCAGCCUCCUCUUGUCCGUUCCCAUCUCAGGGAUCUCCGGAGGCCCCACUCUCCUCCAGAGCUCAGAAGUCCUCCAGGUUCAGACCGACCAGGAGGCGAAGAUUAGCUGCGAAAUCCGGUCAGCCCAAACCACCCAUGCCGUCUACUGGUUCCGCCAGCUGAGGCCUUUCGGCGCCAACAAUCCCUACCAGUUUCUGGCCCACUCGAACCCCAGGAUCCCUUCCCCGCCGCAGGAAGGCAACAGCUCGCAGCGCGUCCUUGUGUCCGGGGAGCUGCACAGAUCCACGCUCAAGCUUCUGAAAAUGCAGCCUUCGGACAGCGGCGUCUACAUCUGUGCCAUUAUCCCAGGCCCUCAGCUGGUCUUCGGGAGAGGAACCCUCGUGAACGUAGUUGAUGUCUUGCCUACAACAGCUAAACCCACCAAAAAGACCACCCCCAGGAGGCGGGUAUGCAAUACAAAAUCCUCAGAUGUCGCUCAACAAAAUGGUACCCACUGCAACAUCCUCCCUCUCAGCCUGCUCGCGGGGUGUGCUAUGGUUUUGCUAAUCUCUCUAAUUGUGAUCAUCCGAUUGAACUAUUUAUGGAAUCUAGCUCGUCAUCACUUUGUGAAACAGCUUCACAGAUGAGUACCCCUCCAUACCCCUCAAAAUAAAGUUCUUCAAAUAGCCUGCUGAAGAAAUGCGCUGGAUUUUGCAUAAGCAGAAUUGGGAAACUAGAGCAUCCGAAUGACAAUGAUGAACCUUGAAAUUUUCCUAAGCCAUGGCCUGCCCUCUCAGGAGUUAGGUUCAUGGGACUAAUGGUUUGGUGGUCACCAGUAGCCCAGCUUAAACCUCAAGCACUUUCCACUAUUUGCUGAUUAUGUAACAAAUGCCAUGUACUGUUACUGCGGAAAGAUUCAGACUCUGGGCCCGAGCCUUUGAAAGUCACCGGUCAGUGGCCAGGUCUGUACUUUCUCAGCAGUGGGUCUGGCCCCAUAGUGACUAACAAAAGUCAGCUCACUGAAGUGGAAGGUAAGCCACGGCUGCAGACUGACCACCCGACCGCAGCUUCCGAGGGCUAAUAUCUGCCUGAUACGCUGCUGCUCCGUGACAAUGAGGGCACUCUGCAAGGUAGAGCGGGUGCAGCCCUUCCGCCUCUCUCCUAGGUCUUCUCUUUGUUAUUUUCCUUUUUCUCCUCUCUGAGUGAAAAUGGCCUCGGUUUUUUUGUUUUGUUUGUUUUAAAAUAAAGUCUGAUAUCAGUUGUUGCAGCAGCUGGGUCCUGAUGGUAUCUCUGAGCUCCUUUGUUCACACAGAGCAAACCAAUGUCACAGACAGGCCCCAAGUGCAACACGGGGUUUUAUGUUUUAAAGGGCUUCUAACCAGGACGAGGUUCAGAAACCAGGACUUCGUCUCUGGGGGGACUCGGAGGUGGCUUGGGGGGUGUCACAGCUGCAGUCAGUGGUGGCCAUCGGUGAAGGCGGCCUUGUGAACGUGGCCCCCAGCCAAACCAUUAGCAGCCAUCAAUUCAACAAACUGUGUUGGAUGAGAUGCAAAGAGAAGGGGCAGAAUGCGUAGAAUGGGGAUUCUUCAUCUGAGGUCCAAAAUUAUGUUGUUAUGACUUUUAAUAUAAUUGGUUUUUUUGAAAUCCUACGCAUUUAAAACUCUUUUUUGGAGAAGGCCAAAGGAAUCCUGGACACAAAAAAUGAUAAAAUUCUUUCCCAUUGGAUUAAAAGCUGGCUUUGGGGCCAAGAAAACCUAAAGUUGAGUAUUGCCUUUAACAUAAAUUUGUAGAGUGAAGAUGGAAAUGAUUUAACUCUCAGUGCCCAAGGCAACUUUGUAAGACUCUUCAUUAUAAUCUGAACAGAGCAUUCCCUAAAUGGAUGCAUUCACAGGUCUGCAUAAAAACAAACUAACCAUACUUUGCAUGUAGAAUAUUAGGGUCUCUGUUUUGGAGCUCCAGGGACACAAGCCAAGAGAUUUCCCUCCAAGAUCUCAAGGAGUGGAGUUGGAGAGGAAAAAGUGGAAAUCGGAUGAUCUCUAGCUACUCUUUCACAUGUUUAUUGAAUAUUGAACAAUGAAAUAGGAAGUACCCAGAGGUAGAACGUGCUCCUGCCUUACAAGGGAGUCACAUUCUAUGAAGAAGACUACCUUCUCUGUCUUCGGAUGAUAAGCAUAUUGGCAAGCGCCGUGAAGAAAAAUAUGAAUUGAAGCAAUAUUAGGCUGUGGGAAACUAUAAUUUAGGAAACUGACCCAUACAGGUAAGGAUGUUAGAGCCCUUUCAGUAAAAUCGUAGUGGCUGCCAGAAAAGCCCGAGACCGCUCUCCCUCCACCACUGCUUAAAUGUUUAAUUCUCCUUCCCUCUCAAAAUCUGUUACUGAUACCAGUGUCACUUGCUAGUUUGCAAACUCACUUUGGUUUGGGGGUUUGGGGUUUAUUUGCUCUUAAUUUUGUUUUGUUUGGGGAAUAAUACACACCUGUGACAGAACUGGCUGACUUUAAGACUGACUAUAAAGGGGCUGUGGGUAAGGCUUGGAGUAUAGGGGUGGAGAUGAGAUGAAUGUUAUUGAUGUGGGUACCUAAGGCAGGCUGGUGGGCUUUGCCAAAGAGGACUUUGAAUAGUUUAAAAUCCUUCCUGUUUUUCAUUUUAUAUGUAAAUAUAUGAACAUAAAUUUACAAUUUGCCAGUGUUGUAUAUCAAUACCCAUUAGUGUUGUUGAUUUCUAGUUCUCUUUAUCUAUAUUAUCCUUUCCUGGUUUUAUCAAAAUCAUUCAUGUAAAGUAUUUUUGAAGAAAAUUUACAGUAACAGAGAUUAUUUGUUCUUCAAAUACUUAAUAGAAUAGGCACCUGGCAUAGUGCCAGGCACAUAAUAAGUACUUAAUAAAUGUUUAUUGAUUAAUU